CAGGGACAGAGCCUGUACUCUCAAUCCGGGGCUUACUGGCUUGACAUGCAGGGCAAUGGAAACCUUGUCAUGUACCAGACACGCACGGGUAUUGCCAUCUGGGGACUAGAAAAGUACGGCGCAUUCCCCCCAGCGGUUGCUGGCCCGUACAACAUGACGAUGAAGUAUGACGGCAACUUUGCGGUCAUGGGGACAUCAUCGGAGGUCAUUUGGGUGACGAAAUUGGCGUAUUUGACCCCUGGUCCCUACAAAGCCAUAGUUACCAAGGAUGGCAACCUGAAUCUGGUGGCUGGAAACGGCAUAGCCUACUGGAGCAGUGCUUGCACCGUAUUCCCUGGAUACACGUUCAUGCCCUUCACGGAUCAACUUCAAUCCGACCUGGGGCAGAAGCCAAACCUGGACAGUGCACUGUCCGCCUGCAACGCCGACUGCCGCUGCAAGGCCUUCAACUCAGGUGGUUGGAUCAAGACGGCCAUCGACUACUUUGUCGGGUACUAUUUAAACACCCUCUGCAACGGUCUGUACGUCCGUGACAACACACCAAGCUGCCCUCCGCCACCAUCGCCGAUGCCGCGGCCACCCAGACCACCACGGCCGCCGCCAGGUGCGAGCUCCAGAGCAAAUUCAAGUACGGCCACCUAGGAGGGUAGCAGCGUCGCCAGCAUGAGAGUGUUGGGUUGCCUGUCAGGCGCCGGCUACGAGCCAGCGGGACGGUGACUUCACGACCUGGGAGGAGGUGGAGCGCGGGGGGCCAGGUGCAGCAGGCUGCGAAUAAGCGCAAAAGGACAUGGCUGGCGUUGUAGCAGUGUUUCCCAUUGGUCGAGAUUGUGGAUGCCUUGUAGUGACCAUGCUCUUAUGAUACCGCGCGCAAAGCAAACGGCUCGGCAAGGUAGGGGUGGGUGCGUGCGAGAAGCAUGUAUGUAGC